AAGAAAAAAAAAAAAAUAAAACAAAACAAAACAAAACAAUCAAAUUUUUGAUAAAAUAAAGUAUUUAAGAAAAGUCAAGUUUAUUAUUAACAGAAUGCUAUUAUCGAUCAAAAGAAAAUAGUUUUGGUUUUUACAAUCGAUAAUGAUAUUCGUUAAAUCUAGUAAGUCCUACAAGUUUUGCUUUGUCAUUAUCUGAAAGAUUCAAAACUAUUUGAUAUUUCAUGGUUCCCUAUGCUGUGAGCUUAUAAUGUGAUAUCAUUGAGAAUUUGUUUUUAAUCCACAAGAUUGUGACUAUAAUCAUGUAGAAUUUAGUAUAAGGAAGAUGACGCCUCAUUUUGUAGCUCUGACACCCAUAAGAAGACGAUGUUUAAUCAUACUUUCAAUAGUAUUAAUACCAUGCGCCAUUUUAAAUCUUUUAUCACCAUCAGAGUUGCAUGAAGAAACAGUCUUACAAAAUAGUAUUGCAGAAUUACAAGCUAAAUUGGAACAUUUACAUGCUAAAUAUGUUACAAGUCAGGAAGAAAUAAACUUAUUGUCACAUCAAUUAUUGCAAUUAAUAGAGAACAAUCAUAUUUUACCAGAUCUUCAAUUUUUACUUAACAAUACUACAUCAAAUGUAACCAAUAUAAAAUUACCAUCUAUAUAUAACUUUCUUCCUCAUUUUUUGAAUGAUCCUAAUAGUCUACGUCCAGCAUUUGUACAGAGUAAAGGCCGUACUGGAGUUAGUAUGGUACUUGGUGUACCAACAGUUAAAAGAGAAGUACAAAGUUAUUUAAUGGCCACACUUAAAAACUUAUUGGACCGCAUGAAUUCUGUGGAGACAGCAGAUACUUUAAUUAUUGUUUCCAAUUGAAUUUGAAGCUGGUGUAAUUGAUGUAAUAUCUCCAUCUGCAUCUUAUUACCCAGAUUUAUCUAAAUUACGUGAUACUUUAGGUGAUGACCAUCAAAGAGUAGUUUGGAGAUCAAAGCAAAAUUUAGAUUUUGCAUUUCUUAUGUCAUAUGCUCAGACAAAAGGAACAUUUUAUAUACAAUUAGAAGAUGACAUUUUAGCUAAAAAAAAUUUUAUAACAACAAUGAAAUCUUUUGCACUACAAAAGAUUGCAACUAAAGAAAAUUGGUUUGUUUUGGAUUUUUGUCAAUUAGGAUUUAUUGGAAAGUUAUUUAAAUGUGCAGAAUUGCCAUGGUUGAUUCAAUUUUUUUUAAUGUUUCAUAAUGAUAAACCAGUUGACUGGUUAUUAGAUCAUUUGGUAUCAACUAAAGUUUGUAGUCUUGACAAAGACAGCGAUAAGCAGUUUGGAAAAAUAACGUUAUAUUAUGCACAUGAAAAUCCAGAGGCAAUAGUAGAAACACAAAUUAAACCUUACAAACAAUAUACAUUACAAAAGGCCUACAAAGGUGAAUCAUUUUUUUGGGGUCUUUUGCCACAACGUGGAGACCAUUUAAAAUUCAGAUUUUCCCACCCUAUUUUUAUAAAAAGGUACUUAUUUAGAAGUGGAAAUCCCGAGCAUCCAUCUGAUAGAUUUUAUAACACUACAGUAGAGGUCUUUACAAAGAUGUCUGCAUCCAUGAAUAGAAAUAGUAAUGAUAUUACAGAGGAUGGUUAUGUUAUUAUAGGAAAAUUUGAUGCACUUGGGAUUGCUCAAGGCACAGUAGAUCCAAAAUUAGGAAAAGUAUUGAUAUUUCGUUUGACAGUACACAGUGAAAGUGAAAAUUGGGCCAUCUUAUCUGAGAUUCAUAUAGUCGAAGAUCAUUCUAGUUGACCUUCGGGAAAAAUAUUUCAAAAAUUUUUUCGAGACCAUUUACACGGAUAAUAUGUAUAAGAGUUAAUUACUAUUUUUAAUUUUAUUUUUGUGUCAUUGAUAUUUUAUAAAUUAAAAAUUGUUUUCCGCCGUCCACCAUAAAAGAUUGCUUAUACGCUAUUUUAAUAGAUAUAAUUUUAAUUUACAAAAGAAAUUUUGUUUUUAAGAGAUCAAUUAUCAUUGUGUGCAAUGGAAGGAUAUAGAUAUAAGUUCGUAAAAAUAUUUAAUUCAUUUUUUAAAACUUGUUUUGGAAUAACGUACGCAAUUUUCGACCAAUUUUACCAAUUCUCUACUUGAAACAGUACCUGCGUAGUUAAUAUAUGUUAUUUCAUUUAUUAAAGAUCAAACUAUUAAAGAUUAACUACUUAUAAUUUUGUGUAUUUUUUGUAAGUCAGCAAGAAAGUUCUUAUGACUUGAAUCUUUCUCUCGCACAAUAUUAUUGAUAAGAAUUCCAUAUACUUAACAUCGUGUGAAAAAUAUCAUGUUAAAAAAUAAGUGCCAGACUAUUUUAAGAAAUGUUAAGAUCAAAGGAACAAAUAAGUGAUUUAUCUUUCCGU